GUCGAUGAAUAGGGUUUAGUCAAUAAGACGAUAUUAUGCUCUCUUAUAUUAAGUUCUGUUGUAAAUAACUUAGAAUGUUUCAAUGUGCUUAGUGAAAAUCUGUGCCCCGUAAAAUUGGUAUAAAGUGUGACAAAUAUGUUUGAAUACAGAACACUAAAUGGAUCUUGAUGCUCGAGGGCAGAGCGCCUGGCGCUGGCCUAUACUUUUUUCCAUUUUAAUUUUGAAUUUUCUGUUACCGACGCUUGUGCUGUGUUAUGGGGUAAUCUGGAUCCGGCUUGCAGCUUUUGAAGUGCCUCUGUGGCUUGGUCUUGCAACUCCGACAUUAUUUCUAGUCGUUCACGGAUUAACACAAUGCUGGUUUCGGGAGGCAGCGGAUUCGUGGGGUGGAUCACUGGGAUAUCGGGUGAUGGCAGUAAGCGGUCUGGUCAUGGUCGUUUCCAGUCUGCUGAUCUGUAUAAUCCUACCGUUCAACGUUCAACCGAUAGUAUACGGUGUCUUGGGUGGUUUAGGUUUGUCCCUUACUUCAGCGCAAGUCGACGCUGUCAUCUAUGAAUCGUACGAUACGAGACUCGAUUUUGUACGUGGUGUAUGUUUCACCGGUCAAGCGAUAGGACUGUCUCUGUUUCCACACUUGUUGUCGUUACUGAUGAACGUAUACGGAUAUUCAGCGACGUUGCUGCUCCUAGCUGGCAUCAUGCUGCAAGCGCUCCCCGCUAUAUUGCUACUAAAAGUCGACGAAACGAAAAACUCGGCUUAUUUGUCUAGGUAUAAGGAGCUAUCACAAUCAUUUAUGGCCUUUAGGAAUGAGGCCAUGGAUAACAAUAUAUUCACCACGGAAGUACAACUUCACAAUUUGAGCAAGAAAUGCUGGAAAAGUCCCUCAGAUGAUAAUCUACAUAGAGAAGGCGAGUACAAUUUUGACGAUGGUGACAUAAUCGAAACGAUAACACCACCACCUAGUCCAGAAGAGAAGAGGAGAAAUUUUUUUGGGGUCGAAAUAUUGCCCGAAAUACCAGAAGAGACUGAAGAGAGUGACAACGAUGAACCUAAUGCGAGCAAUGCACAGAACACCAAAUGUAAAAAACGCCUUAGCUUCGCAAUAAAAAGACUGAGCAAUUUAGGUGAUAAUCUAGAUGAAUGUAUAGUGAACCAAGUAAGACGAGAUUCUAAAAGCGACCGUGACACGAACAAUACAAAGGAAUAUUCAGAGGUUGAGGUAACUUACGACACAGUAUCUCCUGUAACAGACGUGCGGAGAGAAAAAAUAUUUAACUCCUUUAGCUUUAGAUGUCAGUCAGCUUACACAAGUUUGAGAAGAAAAUUAUGGAUACCGUCAUAUAAAGUUUAUAGAACAAAAAGAAGAACUUUGUAUGUUUUGUACUAUUUGAAUGACACAUUUUUAAAGCCACUGAAGAGAUCGUUGUCUAGCGGAUCUUUUUACCCAGCACUUUUAUUGAGCUUUUCGAAGCUAAGUUUAAUAGCAAUAUCUAUUACCUUACUGCCACUAACAGCACUGAAGAUAAACCCAAGUUUAUCCAAUUUUGAAGUUAAUUUCCUGAUCUCCUUGUUUGGAUUUACAUGGAUAUGCUUUUUGCUAUGUACGCCGUGGCUGGUUUAUACUCAAAAAAGAAAUUUCAAAUACGUAACAGUCUCCGGGCUCGUAAUAUCAACAUGCGCCUGUUUUGUGCUGUCCGAAGCGAAUACCCACGACACCUUUUCAAUUGGCUGCGUCAUUGCUGGCUUUGGGUUUGGAGCUAUAACCUCCUCCUGGGAAACUGCCGCUCAGGAGUAUGUCGGUGCUCACAAAUGGUCUAAGGUGCACAGCACAUUGGAGACACUGUCUGCAGUUUUGCUUGGAUUGCUUACAACGGGUCUUUCAUUCGUAGUAGAAAGAGAGGGUGGAAUUCAGUUUGCUAUGUAUAUCCAGGGACUCAUAAUGAGUGUUAUCACUUUUGUUUGGUUAGUCAUAGCUGCAAUAUCAAUUUAUACUGCAAAAGUGAGAAAUAUAAAUUUAAAAUUAAAUUGGCGUGCAACCUAGUAACAUAAUAUUAAACCUAGUAAUGUUAUAUAUAAAUGCAUUCAACAGCUAGAGGUUCUUGUCGAUUGAAUUGUGAAUUUUAAUCAUAACUAUUUAUAUUGACGAUAUGUAAAAAUGUACGUAAUU